AUAUUAACAAAAAUUAGAACUAAGUAGAACCUUGCUCUGUGCUUGGUUUAGAGUGGGGUUUUGUUUCCUGGACUUGCUGACUUGCAACUAAAAAUAAAGAAAGGAUAAUAUAAUUGGAUUUGUGGGUGUAUAUCGUAUAGCACACAAGGUGUUUGAUAAAAGUUCCCAAAGGCUCUUCCAUUUCUUAUUUAUCUGGUGCAUCAUUUCUCUACUUUGCCGUUGGUUCUACGCUCCGUAGCCAUCCAGCUUCCAAUUCCAAUCCAAUAACAUUAGAGAAAUUCUCUUCUUUCUUCAUCACAUCAGUGACGUGAUUUCUACGCUUCAUUGAUUAAGAAAAACUAAUGGAUAUUCCGUUGCCGGUGGAUAAAUUAGCUUUGAUCAACAAUGAACCCUCUCCAAACACAACCAAUAAGAUAUAUGUUGUUCUUGUCGCUACUGGGAGCUUCAAUCCACCUACCUUCAUGCAUUUGCGAAUGUUCGAGCUUGCAAGAGAUGCACUGAAUUCAGAAGGUUACUGCGUAAUUGGAGCUUACAUGUCUCCUGUGAACGAUGCAUAUAAGAAAAAGAACCUAAUAUCUGCUGAACAUCGAAUGCAAUUAUGUAAUCUAGCAUGCAAAAGUUCAGACUUUGUAAUGGUUGAUCCAUGGGAGGCAAAUCAAAGCACCUAUCAACGCACUUUAACCGUGCUGUCCAGAGUCCACAGUUCAAUAUGUGGGAAAGGAUUAAUAUCUAGAGGAACCCUCAAGGUCAUGCUUGUCUGUGGUUCUGAUCUGAUUCAUUCUUUUAGCAUUCCAGGAUUUUGGAUUCCUGACCAGGUUAAGAGUAUAUGCAGAGAUUACGGAAUAGUCUGCAUUCGCAGAGAAGGACAGGAUGUUGAGAAGAUUAUAUCCGAUGAUAAAAUUUUGAAGGAGAAUCAGGCUAAUAUCAAAGUUGUGCAUGACCUUGUACCGAACCAAAUCAGUUCAACGAGAUUAAGGGACUGCAUUGCAAGAGGAUUAUCAAUAAAAUACCUGACAGCAGAUGAAGUGAUUGAUUAUAUCAGAGAUCAGAAAUUAUACUUAACCUUGGAUGAUAAAUAAUUAGUAGUGUUGUGAUAUGAUGAGGUUUAUUCACCUUAUAAUCUGUAAGAAUUGUGAUGUAACUAUGAGGCCAAUAUUCAAUAAUCAAUUACUAGAUGAAAAUCAAACUGCAUGCAAGUUACCAAUAUUACCUUAACUUGCGUU